UCAUUCUCAGCAUUACUUUUUCUUUCUUCGUUUUAGUUCCAAAAUGAAUUCUAUUUUAGCUGCAAAGCUACGCAGCCAGGCAUCGGAAAGCUCACUCCAAGUCUCUAUUUCCUCUACAACCUCUCCAUCCAUCGUGGUUCUACUAAUUUUUGAGAAUGGUGAGAGUUGGUGGGAUCGCAGUUUGUCUUUUGAUUGUCAUCAUGGACAUUGUUGCAGGCAUACUUGGCAUUGAAGCUGAGAUUGCACAAAGCAAGGGAAGGAACUUGAGAGUGCUGAUCUUCGAGUGUAAGGAGCCAGUUCAUCAGGCCUACAAACUUGGGCUCGCCGCUGCCGUGAUCCUGGCAGCUGCUCAUGUGAUUGGCAACCUUCUUGGUGGGUGUACCUGCAUCUGCUCGAAGGAAGACUUUCAGCGUUCCUCAGCUAACCGGCAAAUGGCUGCAGCCACUCUUGUAGUCUCAUGGGUCAUAGUUUUGGUCGGAUUCUCACUGCUGAUGAUUGGGGCCAUGUCAAACUCCAAAUCGAAAGCCACUUGCGGGUUCGGGCACCGCCAUUUUCUUUCCAUUGGAGGGAUCCUCUGCUUUAUUCAUGGAUUAUUCGCUAUCGCCUACUAUACCUCAGCUGUUGCAUCAUGGGAUGAGGGAAAUUUCAUGAGAAGACCACAGCAGUCCCAUCCCUAGAACAAAUCUCGAAGUUCUUAUUGAUUUAUAAAUUAAAGUGAGACAUGGAUCGUUUGGGUGUGAAAAUUUUACUUUCUGGCGUGUAGUGUGUUUUUUUUAUUUUUAAUUUUUUUUGU